AUGGGGACUUUCAUCCCGGAAAGGAAAGAGUGCGACGGAGGUGUGAUAUGGUUGGGAUGGAUCCUGCUUUUCGCUGAAGACGCCAACUUCCCGGUUGUGCCCGUGACCAUAUAUCCGAUUGUGCCUCAACUAUGUACUGGAGAUGUUUGCAUGGGGGUGGAGCAGCUUCCCCCAGUGUACGGGAAUGAUCGGCUCCCAUUAUCCGUGACGAGAAUCAAAUUCCAAGGCAAUUUGGAAGUGACAUGGUACAAACACACGGUGCCUCUGCUUUGGGCAGUGGACACGGCACUUGGAGGAUUGCCACAUCUUUGGAAUGAAGAAAGGGGCACGGUACGGACACGCAUCCUUGGGGAUAACUGCGAUUUACAAGAGGACGAGGAGUACAAGCUUCUCGAAAGUUUCGACAUGAUGACAGAAAAUGAUAGACGCAGUCUCCUGGAAAGUUUCGUGAGUUUCGUACUCCUUGAAGAAAUCUAUGCACCAGUGGCAAAAUAA